AUGACCAGAGGCGACAGCUAUCGCGCUGCGACCUCUGGUGGGUCAAAGAAGAAGAAGGAUAAGCAAAAUAUGGAUGAGUUAAAACAGGAGUUAGAUAUGGAUGAGCAUAGAAUUUCUCUCGAUGAGUUAUAUGCACGACUCGGAACGGACCCGAACAGUGGUCUUUCUGCAGAGCAAGCCAAGAUUCGUUUAGAAAGAGAUGGACCGAAUGCCUUGACACCUCCUAAGACAACUCCUGAAUGGGUUAAAUUUUGCAAGACUCUUUUCGGUGGUUUUUCCCUCCUUCUAUGGAUUGGCGCCGUCCUCUGCUUUAUUGCCUUCGGUAUUCAAUCU